AUGGGCAGUGGAGCCAGUGCUGAGGACAAAGAACUGGCCAAGAGGUCCAAGGAGCUAGAGAAGAAGCUUCAGGAGGAUGCAGACAAAGAAGCAAAGACUGUCAAGCUAUUAUUGUUGGGUGCCGGGGAAUCAGGAAAGAGUACCAUCGUCAAACAGAUGAAAAUCAUCCACCAGGACGGCUACACUCCAGAAGAGUGUUUGGAGUUCAAAUCCGUUAUCUACGGCAACGUGCUGCAGUCCAUUCUGGCCAUCAUUCGUGCCAUGUCCACCCUGGGCAUUGACUAUGCAGAAUCAUCUUGUGUGGAUGAUGGACGACAGCUUAACAACAUAGCUGAUUCCAUGGAGGAGGGAACCAUGUCUCCUGAGCUGGUGGGCAUCAUUAAAAGACUAUGGCAGGAUGGGGGCGUGCAGGCCUGCUUUGACCGUGCUGCCGAGUACCAACUCAAUGACUCUGCCUCUUACUACCUCAAUCAGUUGGAUCGCAUCACAGCCCCUGACUACCUCCCCAACGAGCAGGAUGUUCUUCGAUCUCGGGUCAAAACUACAGGCAUCAUUGAGACCAAGUUCUCAGUCAAAGACCUGAAUUUCAGGAUGUUUGACGUGGGAGGGCAGAGGUCAGAGCGCAAGAAAUGGAUCCAUUGUUUUGAAGGUGUCACCUGUAUCAUUUUCUGCGGAGCCCUAAGUGCCUAUGACAUGGUGCUGGUGGAAGAUGAUGAAGUGAACCGCAUGCAUGAGUCUCUGCAUCUGUUCAACAGCAUAUGUAACCACAAGUUCUUUGCUGCGACUUCCAUUGUUCUGUUUCUCAACAAGAAGGACCUUUUUGAGGAAAAGAUCAAGAAGGUUCACCUCAGCAUUUGCUUUCCUGAGUAUGAUGGGAACAACUCCUAUGAGGAUGCAGGAAAUUAUAUAAAGAGCCAGUUUCUUGACCUAAACAUGCGUAAAGAUGUCAAAGAAAUCUACAGUCAUAUGACUUGUGCUACCGACACACAGAAUGUCAAAUUUGUGUUUGAUGCGGUCACGGAUAUCAUCAUCAAAGAGAACCUCAAGGAUUGUGGGCUCUUCUAGUUCUCAUCAGCAGGUAC